AUGUUCUGGAACCUUGGUAUUCUUGUGCUUGCCGACACAAUAUUACCAUUCAUCGACGAAAUUGGUCGAUCUUGCAAUUGGAGUGUUGAGUCAGAGCUACAAUCGUGCCGCCAGAUUGCUGUUUCGUCAAUCGCUCAAGUAAUCGAGAGCGUGUCUGCACUGCCGAAUGAGGCAAAUUUCAAUAUUCUAAAUGGGCUUAGCCCCGAGGUUCCAAUUAUUGGAUACCAUGUCACUCCUAGUCUCAUGACUUCUGCACUUGCCAAGGCCGUCGAGCAUAGCAUUCUUUUGCGUGUUUCGAACAUCGAUACCUUGGACAAUGUGGUUGGCCAUGAGCCUACUGGCUGUGAUGAUCCUGGAGCUCGAAUAAUCGACACACUAGUCAAGGGACUCCUCUCUCUUGAUGUGACUAUUGGAGGAUCCCACACUGUAGGUGUGGCAUUUCAAUCAUUGAUGAGGAGAUAUGGAGAUAUCAUAUCUGAAUAUUGGUAUUGA